CUAUGACCACCAGCGACUACAACUACCAUUCUACAACACUCCCAACUCUCCGUAUCUUAUUCAAUCUUGCAUUGCUGGUUAUCUUUGACCGAGUACUACUCCAUCUUUGCAUCGAGUCACUCAGCUGGAACUGCCCGUGUAUCUGUCCCCUCUUUCUACGUCGUCGAUCCUGCUGCAUCCAUUCGCGAGGCACUAUCUUAUCCUGGCCUCAAUUCCCGCUUCCGCUGGUGCACAGGUUGCAGGGGCUAUAAAUGAAUGUACAUAACCACAAGCCUCACAGGCCUUGAAAUUCCCCAGAAUAACCCUCUGAAGAAUCCAUCUGCACCUUCGCCAUCCAGGUGUGCCUUGAAGACAGUGGUCCCAACGAUCCUGACUUAGAUACCGGCGGCUUUGGCCGCCACCACGAGCUGGCAAACCACCAUUCAACUGACGACAACCCAAUCACUACCGACCACCCAACCAUCUCGAUCCCUCCUUCAAAUACUUCCAUCACAGAUUCCUUUGCCCAAUCCCCAAUUUCACCUCCCAGUCCCUCAACCGAAACGUCGACGACGCAAGUGCCUCCCACUCUUUCCAACAACUCUAUACCGAACCCACCACCUAUAGAGCAGGUGCAGGAUAGUCAAGAGCGGGGUCGACGAAGGAGACGGCGGUCAUCCUCCCCAGAGCUCGGCCAUCUGAGUGACGCAUCUGCUGAAGCAGGUCCUUCCACUGAUUCUCGCCCGAGACACACACACCCCCAGAGAAAGCGCAGGAGAACAAAUAGACACAAUAUGAGAGUUAAUGACAACUUAGGGCAAGCAUACUCCAAUGGUCAUACCGCAAGCUCGAAUGGUUCAACACCUCGGAAACCCUUACACAAUGCUGUCAAUGGACACCCCUCGACCAGUCUCAAUGGAUCAGCCCCACCCUUUGCCAACGGUGCAGUCAAGAAAUCUUCCCUAGUACGAUCAGGGACAUAUCGGGGUCAUAACCGGGAGGAGGUUGUAAGAAUCCUGGUUCAAGGUUUACUGGACAUGGGUUACGCAAAUGCCGCAGAAUGCCUAAGCGAAGAGAGUGGCUAUAAUUUGGAGAGCCCUGCUGCGGCUGCAUUCCGAAGCGCAGUCAUGGCCGGCGCAUGGUCGGAUGCUGAAGCAAUUCUACUGGGCUCGCCCCGAAGUGAUAUUGCGGAAGGCUCACUUAUCGAUGACGAUCAAGAUGGAGAAGGCUUAGUGCUUGCAGAAGGGGCCGACCGUGAUCAGAUGCUAUUUUUGAUUCGACAACAAAAGUUCCUAGAGCUUCUAGACAAUCGAGAUCUGAGCAUGGCUCUCAUGGUACUGAGGCAGGAAUUAACGCCGCUGGGCCAUGACGUCCAUCAACUACAUGCCCUCUCAACGCUUCUAAUGUGUCCUCCUGAAGAUCUGAGGACCAAGGCCCACUGGGGUGGCACUGUGGCAGAGUCACGCAAGAUGCUGCUCCAAGAUCUGUCUAUGUCGAUAGCCCCUUCUGUCAUGAUCCGAGACCACCGGUUGGCCGAGCUCUUCGACCAGAUAAAGCAACAUCAGAUAAAUCAGUGUUUAUACCACAACACUUCAGUGGCCCCGUCACUUUACUCAGAUCAUCUUUGCGAUCGAGACGACUUUCCCUCCCGUACAUCGAUCGAACUCCAAGAUCAUUCUGGGGAGGUAUGGCACGUUCAGUUUUCCCACGACGGCACGAAGUUGGCGACCGCCAGCCAAGACCGGACUGUCAAUGUAUACGAAACUGUUACUUUCAAACGCAUUCACGAAUUCAAGCAACAUACCGCAGAGGUCACUUACAUCGCUUGGAGUCCAGAUGACACGAAGAUCAUUUCUUGUUCCCAAGAUGGCAAAGCUAGAGUAUGGGAUGUUGAGACCGGCAGGUUAACAGUCACACUGCAGCAUAACUCUGAAGAGCCUUCUUAUGGUAUCACUGCUGCAGCAUGGACUCCUGAUUCGAUGGGAUUUGUGACGGCAAGUCAUGAUAGAAGUUGCCAACUCUGCUACUGGAGCCUUCUUGCAGAAGUGCCGGACACGCCCAUUUAUGUCUGGCCCGAGGGAUUCCGAGUCCAGGACGUCGCAAUCACAAAUGAUGGCCAUUGGCUUGUUGCUCUCGAUCCGCAGAACGUCAUUCGGAUUUUUGAUUUGCAUAACUAUCGAGAGGAGCCUCCCAUUAGGACUGCUGGCAAGAUGACAAGUAUCUCACUGAACCAUGAUGGCAGCAUGGUCCUUGUGAACCUUGCAUUGGGUGAGGUACAGAUGAUAGAUCUUGUCACAAGAGAUACUGUGCGCAGUUUUAAAGGGCAAAAGCAAGGCGAAUUCGUGAUUAGGAGUUGCUUUGGAGGAGCAGCAGAGAAUUUCGUGGUCAGCGGCUCGGAAGAUGGCCUUAUAUACGUGUGGCACAAGGAAAACGAAAAUCUCAUUGAGAAGUUGUCGGGGCAUGGUCGAGGCGCUGGCGGCAAGGAAUGUGUGACAACGGUUGACUGGAAUCCUCGAGAUGCAUCAAUGUUUGCGUCCGGAGGGGAUGACCGUAAAGUGCGCAUCUGGUCGGCCGCACCACCUCCUGUCGAUGGUCUUUCCAAUAUCCUGAACACACCUGUUGCACGUGGCGAUUCGGGUCGGGUGAGUGCUAUGAGAUCAACGUUGUAAACACACAGGAAGGUAGUUAGUUCUGAUGGAGUUUUCAGGGGGGAGUAUAACAUCAUUCCAACCACGGUCUGCACAAGGUAUAGAGUUUUGGAUACAACAUUGCAUCUGAAGGAGUUCGUUUGCUGAUGGCUCGCUAUCCGCACCAUCCACGGCACUGAGGGAUUUGUCACGGGUCAUGACGAGUCGAUUAUCAUUUGCAUCAGGCAAGCAUUGUUCUGAAUUCGUACAGGAAGAGGGAUCUGGACAGCUGCCCUUCCUACAGGGACAAAGCAUAGAUUUAGCUCGAUAUUCUAUAUCUCACCUUCUAUCUGCAACAAUAUCAUAGCGUCUUCCUUCCCG